AAACAGUAGAGAUAUUUCAGAGAAGAAGAAAAAACGAUGAGUGGAAUAUCGCAAGACUGGGAGCCGGUAGUUAUCAGGAAGAAGGCGCCUACCUCCGCCGCUCGCAAGGAUGAGAAGGCCGUUAACGCCGCCCGUCGCUCCGGCGCCGAGAUCGAAACCGUCAAGAAGUCUAAUGCGGGCUCAAACAGGGCUGCCUCUAGUAGUACAUCAUUGAACACUAGGAAACUUGAUGAAGACACCGAGAACUUGUCUCAUGAAAAGGUACCAACUGAACUGAAGAAAGCUAUCAUGCAAGCACGACAAGACAAAAAGCUGACUCAGUCUCAACUUGCUCAAUUGAUAAAUGAGAAGCCACAGAUCAUCCAAGAAUACGAAUCAGGAAAGGCAAUUCCAAACCAACAAAUAAUCUCAAAACUGGAGAGAGCUCUUGGAGCGAAACUUCGAGGGAAGAAAUAAAAUAAAGUGUGAGCGCACAAUUGAGCCUUAUGGAUUGUCACUGUCUGUUUGAAUCCAAAAUUUGGUCAUGUACACAGACUUUUCUUUAAUCAUUGGCUAUGUUUUUGCUUCGUUAUGCCUGGAUUGACGUAUACUGUUUUCUCUGUUGAAUUAGCUGUUUCUUCUGUGGAAAUUUUGAACUCUCUCUUUUACA